UAUCACUCUUUAUUUAUGUCUUAAAGAAACUAAAUUGGGCAGAAACUAAGUGCCUAUCAAUGCGAACAAAAGUGAAGCAAAGUCGAACAAGGUUCGAGCUUUUCUCAAUUUCCUUCCCUGGUAAGACGCGGACCGUCUCAAUGAGCUUCUCCGAGUCAGCGAACUAGGGCCGCACCUUGACAGCCUGAAGAGGAAGAAAGGCAGGCUAAAUGGUCGACAAGCUUCCGGGUGAUGAGCCACUCGUUCACUCCUGCCCGCUCGCCUGCUCGAACACGAUGUUGGGGACCCUCCGGCCUUCCUCUUAUUGGCCGCAUCGUUCUUUCCAGCCGCAGCCCGAGGAUCCGCAAUGGCCGUCUCCACGUGCUUCGAGUCGUGGUACGAAAUCCUCCAGGUACUCGUCGAGAUGGUCCAGCGCCUCCUCCUAUGGGGUAAUCGCCGCCACUGCCGAAUGCGAGAAGGGGCGAUGGUGGAGGAGGCUGAGCCUUAGGGUUUCGUGCAAGCGGCGGAGAAACAACUUGCCCGCCUUGGGAUUAUGGAGAUCGGUAGAGCCGAUACGGAAGGCGGCGAGGAAAGCGUUGGCUUUUGGAGGGAGGGAAUGCAACCGCGAGCUUUUCCUAUUGACGUUGCUUCUUGGCCGUUUGAUCUCCAUCAUGGUGGUGAGAUCAAACCAUCAAGAUGCUGCGCUUCUUCGAAGGUAAAAUUGCAGUGUCCCAACCAGAUGGUGGAGGGUAAUCCAUAUAAAGACGAGAGCAGCCCAAUCCAGACGACCGUGGAAUAGCAGGAAAUCACAGACGCCGAGGACGCGUCUCUACGAUCCGUCGAUUGUUUUGGUUCUUGUUCUUAAUCGACAGGCACAAUCUCUCUAUCGAUUCUUUUGUCCUUGUGGUUCUUGUUCUUUGCUCCUCCUUGGCGUUCGGGUUUGGAUUUGGAUUUGCGUAGGAGAAACAGGUCGGGGUAUCGUGAAGGAUAGGGUUUCGUUUCCCUCUUUGGUCGAUAUCUGUCUUGCCCCUUGGUUCUAUUGAUGGCGAGGAAGCGGAAAUCGGAGGCGAUGGGGCUCGAUGAGGCGGAUCGAACGCUGUACUCCACCUUCUGCGCCGCCGCCAAUUCGCUGUCGCAGGUUUACACACAGGCCAUGAACCAGCAGAAGAUCUCCUUCCAGGCUGGCGAGCACCAUGCGCUGGAGAAACUUUAUCAAUGGAUUGUGAGAAACCACGAGGAAGGGUCAAGGGUUACCAUAGCUGAUAUAGUUACACAUAUUCAGAAUGAGAUGGAUUAUGCCGGAGAAGGUUCAUUAGUCUCCCCCAGGUCACCAUUCCAACAUCAGCACCACCAAACAACAAUUCACUUAACAAACUCAGGCAUCCAACCUGCAUCUGGUUUGUUCGGACAGCCAACAGUCGGACUUGCCUCUCGAAGCGGUCACUCUGAUCAAGCAAAGAACUCGGUUUUCUCAAAUGCUCUUUCCAGCCCAGUGUGCAGAAUCCUUCAGCCAUAUCACCUUGCUCAGGGGAGUGGACUUUAUGCAAAUACUGUCAUACCAACUGGAACUGCAGGAGCAAGGAACCAUGAUCCAAAUCAAAACCGGGAUACUAAUUCUCUCAGUUCCAAUGAUUCAUCUAUGGAUAUUCACACAGAUAGCCCGCCUCAUGAAGCAUAUUGACAAAUCUGCCUGCUUUACGUUUGUAUAUAGUUCAAGAACCUUAACUAAUGAAGCCUCAAAUCUCAGCUCUGCCACUUAAAGAGUUAGGUGGAUAUCAGAAAGGCUAGAAGAAAAGGUUUGAACCAAAACUUUCUUAUCAACUCAUGCUAAGUGAUGCAUGUGGUAACUCAUGUAAGCCAUAAUUAGUGUGUGCUUUAAUUUUCUUGUCAGUGUUGAAUGUCUCAUCUAAGUGCUCUUACUGCAUUAUGGACAAAUAUUUAUAGUCUAUGUGAUAUAACUUUUUGUAUCCCGUAA